AUGUCGACCAAAGGUGAUAAAGCGGUUGAAAGACAAAUGCAAAUGUUUGAAAUCGAAAUGAUGCAACAAGUAUUUACCAGUAUGACAAGUAGCUGUCUAGCUAAAUGUGAAGCAGUUUGUUUAGAUAGAUGCGCCUCAAAAUUUAUGCAAGCGUAUAUGCAAACUACUAAGAAGUUGUCUACAAUGGCAUCAUCAGACCCGAAAGUGUCGCCGCAUUUAUUAAGAAUGGGUCUUUGGCUUCAGGCCCCUUUGGUUUUGUUAUGCAUAGUGAUCUUGGUUUCAUCGGUGCCUACAUCAAUACAAAAACACGAGCUUGAAGAAAAUGAUUCCUUUGACAGUCAACUGAUAGAGGAUAACAGAUCACAUUUUCGAGGACGCCAGUCUGGUAACAGGCUUGAAUCUGAUAAAAAUGAUUCAUUACCUGGUGAAAGACGGUCACGUAGGCGUCGCAGAAAGCAUAACCGAAAUUGUGAACAACCAGGCCAAUGUCCUGAAGGUGGUGCUAAUUGGAGACGGCCACACAGACGUGGAAAAAAACAUCGUACACGAUGCAGUGGUGAUGGUGAUUGUCCUGAGGAAAUUUGUCUGUUUAUCUUCGAACUGACUUUUGUUCAAAAAGUAUACAACACUACAUUCACCCAUUCAUCCAUAUACUCAAUUUAAUCCAUUGCAAAAAAAGUAACUUUACUUAUUGUGUUUGCGGUCUUAUUUCAUGUUUUAUCAACUCAUUCAGUCAUUAAGCAUUUAAUUCCUUAUCCCCACUGCUCGAUUUUACCCUUGCAAUUUUACUCAGUUUUAUUUUUGCUUGUUUUUGUUUAUAUUUUGCCUUAACUGGUCUUUUUUGUCAUUGAAAUGUGUGUGUGUGUACACGUAUGUAGUUUUGUUUCUUAUAUUUGCUUUUAUUACAGUUCUCAGUAAUUUCCGAUGGGAAAUAUGAAUUACUCAAUGUUGCCAAUAUAAAAAAUACACGAUAAAUCCUUGUUAUUCAUCUUCAGUGUCUGUUCACUUAUCAUCUUCAAAUUGUUUUCAUUACCACUGUUUACCUGGUCAUGUAAUUACCGGUUAUUCUAUUCAACGAAAGUUUU